UUCCCCUGCAUUUCCUCCCCUCUCUGACCGGCUUGCCUCAUCUGUCUCCCCCCUCCCUCUCUCCUCCCUGUCUGACUUGAGUGAGACCAGAGUCCAGACGACAUCCCAGUACACCACCUCCAUUGACUUCCCUUCCACAUUGCUCAAGAGCUCUCCACGACGCUCCGGCCAUGUCCUAGCCAGCCACACAAGCCUCCCAAUUGCUCACCGCAAGAGCUCCGUCCCAGCAUCAGAGCAUUCGAGCGCUGAACCCAGCAAAGAGCGAACGCAGCAGCAGCCAUGAUCACCGCGCUGGACCUGUACCACGUCCUCACGGCCGUCGUGCCACUCUACGUCGCCAUGACGCUUGCCUACGGCUCCGUCCGCUGGUGGCGCAUCUUCACCCCGGACCAGUGCUCCGGCAUCAACCGCUUCGUCGCGCUCUUCGCCGUCCCGCUCCUCUCCUUCCACUUCAUCUCCACCAACAACCCCUUCCAGAUGAACCUCCGCUUCCUCGCCGCCGACACGCUCCAGAAGCUCAUCGUCCUCGCGCUCCUCUUCCUCGCCUCCCGCCUCGCCCGGUCCUCCGUUCUCAACCUCGACUGGAGCAUCACGCUCUUCUCCCUCUCCACGCUCCCCAACACGCUCGUCAUGGGCAUCCCGCUGCUCCGGGGCAUGUACGGCGCCGACUCCGCCGGCACGCUCAUGGUCCAGGUCGUCGUCCUCCAGUGCAUCAUCUGGUACACGCUCAUGCUCUUCCUCUUCGAGUACCGCGCCGCGCGCGCGCUCGUCAUGGACCAGUUCCCCGACGGCGCCGCCGCCUCCAUCGUCUCCUUCCGCGUCGACUCCGACGUCGUCUCGCUUGCAAAGGGCGACCUCGAGGCCGACGCACAGGUCGCCGAGGACGGACGGGUGCGGGUCACCGUGCGCAAGUCCACCAGCUCGCGCUCCGAGGCCGCCUGCUCCCACUCCCACUCCCACUCCAUGUCCAUGCAGCAGCCGCGGGUCUCCAACCUCUCCGGGGUGGAAAUCUACUCGCUGCAGUCGUCGCGCAACCCCACGCCGCGCGGCUCCAGCUUCAACCACGCAGAGUUCUUCAACAUCGCCGGCGCCAAGGGAGCAGCAGCAGCAGACGAGGAGAAGGGCACCGCUGGCGGCCACUCGCCGCAGCCGCACGCGCAGGCGGCCAAGAGGAAGGACCUGCACAUGUUCGUCUGGAGCUCCAGCGCCUCGCCGGUCUCCGAGCGCGCCGGCGGCGGGGCCGUGCAUGUCUUCGGCGCCGACCAUGGCGACGCGCUUGCCAAAGGAACCCAGGCCUACGAUGAGUACGGCCGUGACGAUUUCAGCAGGACCAAGAACGGGAACGGCGCAGACAAGGGCGGCCCGACCCUGUCCAAGCUCGGGUCCAACUCGACCGCGCAGCUCUACCCCAAGGACGACGGCGAGGGGAGGCCGGCCGCCAUGCCGCCGGCGAGCGUGAUGACGAGGCUCAUCCUGAUCAUGGUCUGGAGGAAGCUGAUCAGGAACCCCAACACCUACUCAAGCCUCAUUGGUGUCAUAUGGUCCCUGGUCUCAUACAGGUGGGGGAUUGAAAUGCCUGCGAUAAUCGCCCGGUCAAUUUCGAUCCUGUCAGACGCAGGGCUUGGGAUGGCAAUGUUCAGUCUAGGCUUGUUCAUGGCACUGCAGCCACGGAUCAUUGCCUGUGGGAACAAACUCGCUGCCUUUGCGAUGGCCGUCCGGUUCCUCAUGGGUCCAGCGGUCAUGGCUGCUGCCUCCAUUGCUGUUGGGCUGCGCGGAGUUCUUCUGCACAUAGCCAUUGUUCAGGCUGCUCUACCUCAAGGAAUCGUGCCGUUUGUGUUUGCCAAGGAGUACAAUGUUCAUCCUGACAUAUUGAGCACAGCUGUGAUCUUCGGAAUGCUGAUUGCUCUACCCAUCACCCUGGUCUACUACAUCCUGCUGGGGCUCUGAGCUCUCUUACCCCACAAGUCUGCAAAAGCUUGAUGCUGUUGACCGUCUUGUUUAGGAUCCAUGACUGUUGAGCUGCCUUUUUGUUUGGGUAAUCCAUGCUAGGAUGGUAGGUCAGUAGUGGAUAAUCCCACCACUGAUAGUAAUAGCAUCUCUGGUGUCUAGUCUAGGUGGCUUCAUGGACAGAAAUUAUUCAAGAUUGAAGCAUUAGAAUUCUGAUGAGCAUUAGAAUUUGAAAGCAAGGAGGGUAUUUGUGAUGAUAAUCAAUCUAGUCUGUGAGACAUUGUCAUCGGUGGACUUCUUUGAUCAGAUCGAUUAGAAAUCUGGCAACAUUUUUCUUA